CAUAUGUACACAACGCAUAUCUGAAAAGUAUUAAUACAAUAUUUUGGGAAAGUUGUUUUGGUUGGCUUUAAAUUAACCGACAUUGCAUUGGCAGUUGAGGAUAUAACCAUCUAUAUAAAUCGGUCGAGAUGGGUAGCAUCGAAAAGGCGUGUAUAUCUGGCUUUCUGUGCCGACUCUGUUCCGAGAUGCACCGAACAGUAAUCCAUAUUUAUAGUGAUCAUGGCCAGCGUUUGUGUCUUGUUGAGAAAAUCAACGGUUACCUACCAAUUACAAUAUCUCCGACUGAUCCCUUGCCAAAAACCAUAUGCAAAACAUGUUUGCAUCGCGUGGAGCAACACUAUUCACUGUUAAUGCGAUUGACUCGAAUGCGGGAGGAGCGUAUGAUUAAGUACGAACGCUUAUCUCGCAGAGGAAUGGAACGAAAUCCCUCAGUUUCCAGCGUGGACUGUUCGGACGAGGAGGAGUCCUCUGGGAACACCCAAUCCCAAACAGGGGUAUCCCCCAAGUCAACAGAGACUGUAGUGCCCAAACCAAAUCCAAAUCCAAGCAACAGCGAAAGCCACGACGAAAGUGGAGCUGGGCCCAGCAAUAGACCCCCAAAAGAGAAUGGUACUGGCGGCAGCACAGGAAGAACAGGAAGCACAGGCAGCGCCAUCCAGGAACUCACGUAGAUUUAUAAUGACUGCUAUAGCCUCGUUUCUGGUCGAUGCAACUAUAUAUACGAGUACUUGACUAUGUAUAUAUAGACGCGACUGUGUAUAUGUACGUUUAGAUUGGAAUAAAGUAAGCAUUUUAUUUAA